AUGGCGCUGUUGGCCGAUGCAUCCGGCCUACCAAAUCCCCGCAUCGAGCUGGGUACCAGGCAAUGGUGGGGAGCUCAAAUAUCUGACAUCACUGUCAACGUGGAAGAUCUGCAGGAUGCAGACUGUCAGCGACUGGGAAUUUUGGGGUGCUGCGACCGGACCAUGCGGCUCCUCCGAAGCUGCUGUGCCUGCUGCACUUUGGGAGUCCUGGUGCCAGCAGGCCUUCUCAUUUGCGGCAGCCAGUUUCGAGAAUCGAGCUACCGAGACAUCGUGCUGGCAGUUGGAUUGGUGUUCCUUGUGGUCUUCUGCUGCGUCUGCUGCUUCUCGCUGCGGCGCACCUGCUGCGAGGGCAUUUUCAAUCCGCCGGAGCCAGCGCCAUUGGUACCCCCACUGUCCAAAAUGCCCGGUGCGAGGAAAAUACAGAUCAAGAAGCUGCUGCUUAUCUACAAUCCCAACGCCGGGAAGCGGCAGUCGGAAAAGAUUCUGAAGGAACUGAUCUUACCAGGCUUGAGGCGUCGCGGGAUCGAUUGCACAGCAAUUGCCACUGAGAGUGUAGGGCACGCGCGCGAGCUGGGAAUGACCCUCCCGCUGACAGAUUUUCAGGCGGCAGUGACACUUGGGGGCGACGGCACGUUUCACGAGCUUGUGAAUGGCAUGUUCGCGCGAGAGGAUUCCCAGCGAAUCCCCGUGAGCCUGAUCCCCUUGGGCACCGGCAACGGCCUGUCGGCGACCCUGCGCCAGAACAUGCAGCGACAAGGCGAGGAAGUGUCCGUGUGGUCGGAGAUGGAUGCGGUGCUCCAGUGGUCCCUCGCCCGGCUCGCGGGCGGCCAGGUCUCCUGCAUCGACCUCUUGGAGGUGGAGGUCAUGAACCGGCGCCUGCUGGCAGUGAUGAUGGUUUACGUUGGGCUCUUUGCCGAAGUGGAUGUCGUGGCGGAGCCGCUGAGAUGGCUCGGACCGGCGCGCUUCGACCUCGCGAGCGUGCUCAUGAUCCUGAAGCAGCAGCCGCAGACUCUCAGGUGCAAACUGACCCUUGCGGACGGGACCAUCCAGGAGGAGAGCUUGUCUACCAUCGGAGCUUGCGUGGGCUUGUGCCAGCACUUCUCGGACAAACUGCGGUCUGUGCCACAGGCACAGCUCGAUGACGGUCUGGCGGAGUUUUCGGCACUCGCAUCAGGCGCCACAGUCGACCAGACAGUUGCAGGAUUUUUGAAACUGCCGAAUGGAGCACACACCGGGGACAAGGACGUAUGGGACUCCAAGCAGGUCACCAGCGCAGAGCUGACCUUCGACGGCCCUGGCAUUUUCAAUGUCGACGGUGAGGUUCUGGAGCAUGAUGGCCUCCUCCGCAUCCGCGUGCUGCCAGCAGCUCUUGAGCUGCUCGUUGGCAAGGACGAGGUCGCGUCAGCUGGUCCUGCCGAUGAGGCUUCCCCUCCCACAUGGCGCCCUGACCCGGCUCGCUGGCGGAUGCUGCUGCUCUUCAUGCUGGGCUGCAUGUCGAACCAGGCCAUAUGGAUUGGCUUUGCUCCAAUCCAAUCCGACGUGAUGAAGGAGCUCGGAGUAUCUGCAACGUAUGUGAACUUCCUGUCCUUGGUAUUCAUGAUUGUAUACCUUCCAGCGAACUUCCCAGCCUCCUACGCCAUGGACGUGUUGGGCUGUCGAUCGGCUCUGCUGAUUGGUGGCUGCCUCCAGACUGUCGGGGCUGUCCUCAGGUGCCUGCCAGUCGACCCUGCAACUGCAUGGUACACGGUGAUGGCUGGGCAAGCACUGGCAGCUCUGGGGCAACCUUUCUUCACUGAUAUGCCGCCAAAGAUUGCAGCGGAUUGGUUUCCGGCCUACCAACGUGUGCUGGCAGACACGCUGGCCUCGCUUUCAAUCUCAGUCGGUGCGGCGCUGGGCUUCAUCCUGCCAGCUGUCCUGGGCCUUCAUGAGAUGCUCUGGGUGCAGCUCAUUUGGGCGGCUUCGUCUCUUGGGCUGAUCUUCGCCUUCUUCCGAGCAGCGCCCAUAACACCUCCGAGCCCGUCCAAGCAUCGCCACGAGGGCAAGUCGUUCACGCAGGAGCUGGGUGCGGCGCUGUCAAAUGGCAAUUUGUGGUGCUUGAUCUUGUCCUUCAGCUGCAGCUUGGGAUCCUUCAACACCUUGAGCACCCUGGCCGCCCAGCUCGUGGCCCCGUUCGGGUACAGCGCCGAUGAUGCCUCAAUCUUUGGAGUGGCCGUGACGGUCUGUGGCGUGCUUGGCGCCCUCGUCAUGUCUGUGCUCGUGGGCCUGACUGGGAAGCACAAGGCCGUCCUCAGCUUGUGUUGCGUGUUCUGUGUGCUCUUCGCCGCCCUCGCCGCUUUGACCGUGAUCUACGUGGGCCAUGGUUCUGGAGGCAUGCAGCUCUUGCUGCUGGCCUUUGCAGGCCUUGGCUUCUCAGCGACACCUCUGAUGCCCAUCUCUUUCGAGGCGGCUGUCGUGGUUGGACAUCCCACCGGCGAGGGAACGCUGGCCGGCCUCUGCAUGUCAGGCGGCCAGAUCCUGGGCAUAGGUCAGACCCUGAUCCUGGGACAGCUUCUCCAGACGGGUCACCCGAAAGCUGCCUGGAUCCUCUCGGGUGGGCUUUUUGGCCUGGCGUUGCUAGCUGUGAGUCUCUUGGACACAGGGUGUUGA